AUGUUGAUAAACUUCCCGAUAGUAAAGGUGUUGGCCUCACUGCUCGCCCGAAAGAAACGCGUCGAGCCUGAGGGCCGACCGUCCAAGAAGGCUGGAUUCUGUUCGUGUGCACGCAGAAGCUCCGUCAUAUCAGUAGCACUCGAUGACUCUGUCAAUGAGUAUCACUACGAACGGCCGUCGCUGUCAAAGGCGGUGCAUUGUUCGAUCCACGAGAUGCUGAAGAUCCACGUUGACGACCAUCAAGCGAUACCGUCCUGUAGCGCUCCCAUGGAGUUCGGACGGCUUUUCAAGACUUCUUUGUUGCAGGUAACGAGAUGGGGUGUCUAUCAAUGAUAUUGUAGUAACGUAUGUCUUAAUCAAUUCUUGACGAUAUGCAAAAAUCUGUUAUAUAUGGCUUUAUGCAUAUAUAAUAUCAAUUUCAACGAACUUUUAAAAUCCGAUGGUAAACAUAUGUUUCCAAAUGUCAUGGCCUUGUUUGUCAUAAAACCCACAUGUCAUGACUAACUUUAUGACGUUGUUAUACUUUCCACAUGAGUUUUGUUUCCAAAUCACGAGGGCUGCUCCAAUUUCGUCGCAUUUUCGCCCUGAGGGCGGUGCGGUUCAGGCCUCGCGUCUUAUCGCGACAUAAAGCGAAACUUUACGUAGGUGCGAAAUACAUAACAAGCUCAAUUUCUGUUCUAUAUAAUUUGAUCGGUCUUUGGAAUAACAUUGGAACGAAAGACACACGUUUUAUCAUUAACUCUGCGUCUUCUAAUUAAAACUAAUACAAUACCUAUUGCCCUAAUUAGAUUAACAGUACCAUUGGCACCAAAACAUAACUAGUCUUUCUAGUACUACUUCAAUAUCUAAAACUUCUACUUAAACUAUUUAGUACUUUAUUCAAAGUCUAAAGUCCUGUACAAAUAACGGACUAUUAAGUACCAUACGUACUAAUGGACAAACUAAGUCUAAUCAUAAGCAACUGCCUGGCUCAAAUACUUCUGAUCCUCAAAUCUAACACUUCCAAACUUCUGACCACCAACCCCACCCUUAAUCAUACCGUUAACAUGGUAUUCCAGGUGUCAGUCGAUACUAUGGCCAUUACAGCCCUGCCCUUGGACUGUUGGCUGAAGGAGCGGCUAAAGAAUUGGGUCCAACUCUCCGGCCACGAAGGCACCAUUGUACCAGCCUCGAACCACACGUUGUGGAAGAAACAGCCACCUGGGAACAACGUCGAAGCCGAAGCUUAUCAGAAGAUUAUGGCUGACUCGUCGCUGAAAGGCCUCACUCCCAAGUUCUUCAAGGAAAUGGUGCAUAACAACGAAUGUAAGGCCUUUAUCUUGCUGUAGUUCGAAGUCAUAACUGGUACGGGUUCAGUUUAAUGUUUCAAAACAAGUUUAUGGCUAAAGUUAAAAUGAUUAAGCUGGUCAAGAAAUGAAUGGAAAAACACUAAAAAGCCUACAUUUAUAUGUUUCUACCUAAAGUUGGGAAUUAAAAGUAAAAUUAAUAAUGAAAAAAAGCGAAAAUAAGAAAUAAUCUCCUAUUUUUGGAAAAUAAAAAAGUUCAUGCGGCCGCGAUCUGCAAAUAGCAAAAUUUGCAGGCUGCGCAAAGAUUUUAUACAUAUCCUAUUUUUUGAUAAAAAACAGUUUUUUAAAACGAUUUUUAACUAUAUCAACUCAUUUAUUAAUAAAAUAUUGUUAUAGCUUUCAUCGAGAUACAAGACCUUUUGUCUCAGUUCCCGAACACUCAAGAACGUGCCGUCAUGGACAUUAAAGUAGGCUGUAGAACAUUCCUGGAAUCAGAAGUCGCGAACACAACGAAACGGAAAGAUUUGUACAAGAAAAUGGUCGAUAUUGAUCCGAAUGAACCGACCGAAGAGGAAAGAAAAGUGGAAGCCAUUACAAAGUUGAGGUAUAUGCAGUUCAGAGAACGAGAAUCCUCCACAUCGUCACUCGGAUUCAGAAUUGAGGCGGCACAGGUAAGGCAUUUCUGUGUGUUGUAAUUGCAAUUGUAAUAGUGUUAUGUCAAGCUUUAUUGUCAGAGCGGACAUAUAAUGUCAUUUCCACACGUAUAAUGAUAUUGCUAAUGUUACAGUAGUUUCACUUAACCUAACAGUACAUUUUGUUAUCUUAUCGUAUACGAAAGCGAUCGUACAGCAAUAGAAUGCAAAUUAUUUUUGGUUUCGAAAAGCGUUCAGAUUACUAGCGUCGUAUGACGUAGGGCGGAAGUACCUAAUCUCCAAUUUCCUUUUAUUUACGGCUAGCCAAAUGUGCUUUAUACUUAACUUCCGACAUCUACAUUCAUGAGAUAGUGAUUAAAAUAAUUAAAGAUAUAUUUAAUUGAAAAGAGAGUAUGAUAAGUAUUACAAUGUAAAGAAUCUGUAUAACAUACAGUAACUACUACAAUGUCAUCUGGUGAGUAUUGUAGUGAUAAAACUAUCAUUUGAUAUCUUAUACUACGAAAGGUAUCAUCUGAUACGUAUAGCAUUGAAACAUGUCUUCUGAUACGUAGUAAAACAUAAAAAGAUACCUUUUGACAGGUUAAUCAGCUAGUUCCGUUAACAGUCCAUCGUCUUGUGUUAAGGUUUCACGAGGUUCAGGCGUUGUUUUGGCGUGACUAAGCCUCAAAUUUAUCAUUGUUUACAGUACAGUAUACUUGACACAGUAUGAAAUGUGCUAUUGCACUAUAAAAAUCAUUUUGCGUUAACUAAUUUUACAUUACAACGCUUUCUAACCUAAAGCCGAUAUACGUUUAAAGUCUGCUUUAGACGAGAAGAUAACGUACAAGAGUAUAAAAACGUACACGGUGAUGCCAUUAUGAUAUAUUAUAUGUUGUUGUAACGUAUAGGUGACAUUAAUCUUCGAAAAGACAUUAGCAAAACAGACAACCUGCUUUAUCACGUCUACUAUAAUAUUUUACUUAUACGUACGUGCUAUUGCAUACGAUAUCGUACAAAAUGGUUAGGUAGUAAAAUGUGAAAUUACUGUACUAUCUACUUAGUUUCUACAUCAAUCCUAAUAAAAAUACUACACAUCUUUUUUCGAGUAAAUUAUCUAUUCAAGCGAUGUUGUAGUAGACACGUUGGUCCUGUUUUAGAUGCAUAACGUAAAAUUACAUUAUACGAUGUUAUGAAAAAGCUUUUGUAUGGCAUAUACACACUCAAAUGAUAUUAAAAUUUAAUUUUUUACGUUUAUACUACAAUAAUUUCUUUCAGCUCCCAGGCGGCAAACUAGAAAAGUCGUUUAAGAAGGUCCGGACCAAGGCCCAGGUCCUCGACACCUUCAACGACUUUUUCGGAAAGCGACGCGACGAGAUCAAAGCACAGUUGGCAGCACGUCUCAGGGAGAUGAGGAACGGCAUCGAACAGUCAGAGUUCUUCCAGAAGCACGAAGUUGUGGGAUCCUCGAUUCUGAUCAUCUUGGACGAUGUGAGGACAGGAGCAUGGAUCAUAGACUUUGCCAAAAGCAUCGCCGUGCCAGACGAACUAACGCUGGAUCACCGUGCUCCGUGGAAGUUGGGGAAUCACGAGGACGGCUACUUGGUGGGGUUGGACAAUCUUAUUCAGGUAGGGUAAUAUUUUAGAGAUUUAGUUUGUUUUUGGCUGAAGUUUAAAGAAAGGACAAUAUUUAUCGCUAAUUAUAUUGUAGUAGGCAUUAAAAUUAAUUUUUUGUUUUAAAAAAAUUUUACAAAGCAAAUUUAAAAUUUUUGUAUUUUAGAUUCUGGAGUAUGACAUCGGUGUGUAA